GUUAAACACUGUUUUCACUGAACAACACAAUUAAAUCAUAAAAAUAUUUGUUUGUAACGUGUAUUUCAAUUGUUAAUGUGAUUUAAAUCUUAAUUAUCGUUUUAUUACUAAUUAAAUAUUUUACAAUUAUUAAACAAUAUUUCUUAUCCAAACACAUACCAAGACAAUAGCCAUGGAUUUUGAUCCGUCCACAUAUCAAGAAAUCAGUUUUGAUGCAAUACUUCCAGCAAAAGACCUCAUCAAACAAAUCAAAGAAAACAACCAUGAUAAUAAAUAUCCACUAGUGAUGGACAUCGGGUGCGGACCGGGAAAUACUGCCAAACUAUUGGCCAAAGAGAUAAACCCGGAGCACAUCGUUGGUGUAGACAUCGACCCCGAUAUGAUUGCAUUCGCCAAACAACACAACGCUAUGGCAAACACUGAUUACUACAUUCAGGACAUCUCUCAGGAGUGGAACCAAUGGGAUAAAAGUCUUCAGAAGUUGGCCGGAAAGGUGUCCAUAAUUUUCUCCAACUAUGCCCUGCAUUGGGUUCGGGAGUCGGAGACCGCCACCAAAAAUAUGGCCAAACUAUUGUCAAAUAACGGUAUUAUAGUAAUGAAUAUACUAUAUUGCGGUGAUAUUUAUCGCAACGCCGGCACCGAUGAACGCAGGGCUCAGUUGGAGCGACAGCUCCGGUAUCCCAGCGAACAGCAAGUGAUCGGCCAAUGGGUGACCGCAUUCAAGAGCGCCGGACUAAACCGUAUUGAUAUUAAAUACUGGGAACCAAAGUCUAUAUAUCCGGUUAAAGUAUACGAUGAGUUUAUUCAAUGGCCCGUCAAUUGGUAUAAACAGUUUCUGACGGACAGUACCGGCAAUGAAGACAUUGAUAAAGUCUUACGAGAGCUGAUCCUCACAGACAGAGCCCGGAAGAUGUCUGAAAAGUCACCCAAAGGUGAAGACCUGAUUGAAAUCAAACAGGAGUUAUGGAAUUUUGUGAUCAGAAAAUAAGUUACAUUUUUGAUUGUAAUAGUUUAUAGAUGUGAUUAAUUUUAUUAUCAGUAUAAAAUCAAAUGUAC